AUGAAAAGGAGAAGAAUAAGACGAUGUAUCUCUCAUCUCUUAAGCAAGCUAACAUUUUACGUAAACAUAUGGCUAAAAAUAAAGGAUGCCCUCAGGUACGUGUUUGGAACCCUUAUCCUGAGGGAAAAGCUGCACUUUAGAACCUAUAGGAAGAGGAAGAUCUGUCCAAGUAUGACUCUAGUAUUGGAUCUAGAUGAAACACUCAUUUAUUGUACAAAAAAAAAAAAGUUUAGUCACCAGAAGGAGGUAGAUGUGUUAAUAAACGGGAGGUAUUUCUCCCUAUAUGUUUGUAAGAGGCCAUACAUAGACCUCUUCUUCUCCAUUUUAAACCCUUAUUUCGAAAUAGUUAUUUUUACUACCUCUAUUAAGUCCUACGCCGAUACAGUGCUCAACAUAAUAGAUGUAGAUCACUACAUAGAUAAGAAAUUUUACAGAGAAGACUGCUUUGAAGUGAGCCAGAAAAUUUAUAUAAAAAACUUGCAAUGCAUAAAAAAGGAAAUCUCCAAAAUGGUGCUAAUUGAUGAUUCUAAUGUAUCUGGUUUGAAAUACCCCGAGAAUUAUUUCCCCAUAAAAAAAUGGCAAGGGGAUUUAAAUGACACAGAAUUGCUGGAUAUCAUCCCUUUCUUUUUGAACUUGAAAAAAGUGAGAGACGUCAGAUCUGUGUGUUCCUUCAGGUUAAGGUCUCAGAAGGAGAUUAGCAAAUUAUUGCAAACGGCUCCUUCCAAGCAUAUUAAGUAUCUAACUGAGCGGGGCAGUAACUUUUUGUAUUCACCAUCUCUCGCCUUUCAAGCCAUCAAUUAUUUGAAAAUAUUUAUGAAUCGGUUCAGGUAUGCCAGCUCUAAAAAGCAGUGGAAUGAAUUAGGGAAGAAGAUCAACAGUAAGUUGAAGUCCUACCCCUUUUCGCUGUCCAAACUGAAGGGUUCCAGUGACGACGAGCAUCGCAAGCGCCACCGCAAGCCCGCGCCCAAGAAGGUCCAGCAAUAG